CUCCCUGUUUGAAUCUCAUUAGUUUCUUGUGUGUUUCUCCCCUGUCAAUAAUCCUGAAUCCAGACUCUCUCUAUUUCCAUCCCCUCUAUCUGUCAAUCAGCGCCGCCAUUGAACUGAAAACCACUCCGACCAACUUCAACUCACUCAAUCCGAGCGGUUCAGCUCUAUCUCAGGCUUCUUUUUCUGCCAAGAAUCACCCUUUUUAUUAGUUUGUACAAACCACCAGCCAUUGGAAAACGCUUAUACAGAAGCUAAAGUUUAGCUCGGGUCCAGGAACAGAGAUCAAGGGUUUAAAAACUUUCUGUUUUUUGCCCCAAAAUUGCUCGGGAAAAUGCCGCAGCUCAACGGCGGUGGAGGGGACGAUCUGGGGGCGAACGAUGAAAUGAUCUCCUUCAAAGACGAAGGGGAGCAGGAGGAAAAAAUUUCGGAGAACUCUUCAGCAGAAAGGGAUUUAGCAGACGUCAAAUCUUCUCUAGUAAACGAAUCAGAAACUAAUCAAAACAGCUCGUCAGAUUCAGAGGCGGAAAGACGGCCUCCGCCUAGAUCAGAAACUUUCAGAGACAAAUCAAGAGAAAGUUUAGAGGAGGCAGCAAAAAGGCAAGAUGGAGGUUUGUUUAAGAGCCCACCAUACCCGGGCUACCCGUUUAUAAUGAUCCCCGAUCUCACAAGCCCUUACCUCCAGAAUGGAUCACUCUCUCCAACUGCGCGAACAUACCUCCAGAUGAAAUGGCCCUUACUUGAUGUUCAAGCAGGAAGCCUACAAAGUAGGCAAGCUCUUAAGGAUGCCAGGUCCCCAUCUCCAGCACACAUCGUUGGCCCCUUCUGCUUGGAAUUCCCAGGACAGGGAGAUCUGAGUCUUCACCAAUUUCAGUUGUCGAACAAAGUGCCCGUUGUGCAGCACCCUCAUCAUGUGCACCCGCUCACGCCUCUGAUAACGUACAGCAAUGAGCACUUCACACCAGGAAACCCCCCUCCGCACUUACAGGCCGAUGUGGACCCGAAAACAGGUGAGCAGCUUGGACAACACAUGGAGACUUUGACUGGAUGCAGCUGGACGCUUCGAGACCUGAACUUCUUAAAGAGUUGCACUGGUAUUCCCAGGCCCCCGCAUCCAGAUAUCUCUCCAUAUUAUCCUUUGUCGCCGGGUACAGUAGGCCAGAUUCCCCAUCCGCUGGGAUGGUUAGUACCACAGCAAGGUCAGCCAGUUUAUCCAAUCACAACAGGAGGGUUCAGGCAUCCAUACCCGACUGCUCUCACAGUCAAUGCAUCUAUGUCUAGUUUUCUCAACUCUAGGUUUCCACCACACAUGGUCCCGCCACACCAUAGUUUACACACAACAGGGAUUCCUCAUCCAGCUAUAGUCACGCACUCUGUCAAACAAGAGUCUUCCCAGAGCGACAUUGGUUCUCUCAACAGCUCAAAACAUCAGGACCAAAAAAAGGAGGACGAGAAGAAGAAACAGCCUCACAUCAAGAAACCUUUGAAUGCAUUUAUGUUGUAUAUGAAGGAAAUGAGAGCGAAAGUAGUGGCGGAAUGCACACUGAAAGAAAGCGCGGCUAUCAAUCAAAUUCUUGGACGGAGGUGGCAUGCGCUGACCAGAGAAGAACAGGCUAAAUACUAUGAGUUGGCAAGAAAGGAACGACAGCUCCACAUGCAGCUGUACCCCGGCUGGUCAGCAAGAGACAACUAUGGGGGAAACCAGGGGAAAAAAAAGAAGAGAAAAAGGGAUAAGCAGCAAGGAGAGGCCAAUGAACACAGAGAAUAUUUUCCAAAUCCUUGCCUUUCACUUCCUCCGAUUACAGAUGCAAAUACCCCAAAGAAGUGUCGUGCAUUGUUCGGGCUUGACCAACAGAGUUUAUGGUGCAAACCAUGCAGGAGAAAAAAAAAGUGCAUUCGCUACAUACAAGGUGAAGGCAGCUGUGCCAGCCCGCCCUCUUCAGAUGGAAGCUUAUUAGAUUCUCCUCCCUCUUCACCUUCCCUGCUAGCCUCCCCCUCACAAGACUCUAAACCACAGACUGAACAAAUGCACCCUCUCUCACUGACUAUGAAACCUGAUUCCUUGGCACACCUUUCAAUGCCACCAUCUUUAGCUCGGUUGGAAAACUCUGCCAGCAAGACCGGCACCCAGAACGGGGCAUUGGAGCACCAAGCCGUCAAUUCACAACAUCCUGCAUCCUCGCCACUGGCAAGGCCAUCCACAUCCUUGUUGCGUUCCCAUAACCUGCUCACUGGCUCACAAGCCCAGCCUCUGUCGCUCGUAACCAAGUCUAUAGAUUAGCAUUUUAGCUUUAGUCCUUGGUGUCCUCUUUUUUUAAAUUUAAAUUUUUAACCUUUUUCUGUUUGUGCCAUACGGCUAUAAAUUUGAAUGUUUUAUCAAGUUCAUUGGUCAAUAUUUGACCCAUCAUUAUUUCAAGUUUUUAAAAUAAAUAAAUAAAUAAAACUGUAGAAUAUAAGCUUUGUAAUUUCUGCCAACAUUUUUAUGUGUUUAAAAAAAUAAAUAAAUAAAUUCCAUAACUGUUAUGUAGUUCCAAUAGGUAAAAUACAUUUGAAAGACUGAAAUAAACAUUUUAAAGAAAUUAAAUAGAUAUAAAAAAAAAUAAAGUAGCUCUUUCUGAAGGAGUUGGUUCUUCUUUAUUAUUUGUAUUAAAUAUGAGCUUGCGAACCAAUCAUUUUACAUCUGUUCGAAGGCAUGACGAAUGCAGUGCCAUUUCUUUCAUUGUGCAGAACAACUUUUAUUGUGAUGUUACUUGUUAUUGUUUAAAUGUACAGAAAUAUUUGGGAGUGUUAAUAUGCAUUGUUCCAUGGCGUUGUUGUUUGGGGGUAUGGGUUGGGAGGGGGGUGGGUGGGAUUAGGCAGUCACAGCGCUAUAGGACCAGUAGUAUUUAUUGCUUUAGAGAUUGCUUGUUGUAUCAUGUAUGUUGUCCCUUUUUAAGUAUUGUUUUCUUAUCUUAAUACAUUGUACAAAUAUUUCUUUCUUAGCAUAAGCAGCUUAUAUAUAUAUAUAUAUAUAUAUAUAUAUAUAUAUAUUAAAUGAGUAAUUUGUAAAGGAUUUUUAAAAUGUUUUAUUUUAUUUGUUUUCCUGAAUGAAACAUGGUUGCCACCAAAUGGGCAGUAUAGAUACUUUUAAGGAAGAGAUGUGCACAACAUUACUUUUAAAAGCUAAAAUAUAAUAAGCCAUUAUACAAAAUAAACUUGAAUGCAUUGGGGAAGGUGUCUUCAAGAGUGAAAUAUGUCUAAAACCCUUCUUUCUUUUUUAAAACUACUGUCUUCUCUUUACAAGGCUGUAGACUUGUGUACAGAUUUCCGUGCCAAACUUGUGAUAAUGUUCUUCUCCCCACUUUAAUGUUGUCGUUUUCUUUUUACCAUAUUUUUUUGCUGUGACGUUACAUAGAUUGCUAUGUAUGUAGUAUAAAUGUUGCUAUAACAGAUGUGUUUGGUAGCAGAUUGUCAAAUAAUAAAUAAAACUAAACAAAAGAAAGAGGUGUAAACCCAAAAAGGGCCAAAUUAUGUAUAUUAGGAGAUUCAUAUAAAAGAAAAAACACAAACUGCCACUUUUAAGUACACUACUGCAUAUAGGUAGAUAGGCAUGUUGAUGUUGCAAACUGCUGUAAAAAGCUACAAGAAAAUCGUCCAUUCGGUGCCAUUGUAGUUGACAUGAAACAGCUGUAACCUGUCUCGGUUUUCUCUGGUUUACUAAGAUGCUAAUGAGAUUUUUGUGAAUAGUUUGAAUGUUUCCUAACGGCUGUGAUGUUCCUGUUCUAUUUUAUGCUCUUAUUAUUUUUUUUUUGUUUUCUUUUUUUAAUGGUUUGAAAACCAUUUUUUGUAAUGAAUAAAUGUUCAUGCUGUACAGUAUCUGUAGCAUGCAGUUCUGGAUUAAUAAAAGCAGCUUAGUAAGUGCAGAUAAAGCA